AAACAGACAAUCUGGUCAUAGAAGAAGACAUGAGCCAAGUUCAGCUGGAUUGCAUUCGUAUAUGGCGUUGUAAGGAACCGAAAGAGGAGGAAACUGAAAAUGCACACCCAUAGAAAGAACAUCUCUUCACCACCGCAUUCUGCACCUGCAACCACAGCCACGAUCGAGCAAGAUAGUAGUUGCUACCUCCGCCGGGGCGGACCUACUCAGUCGAAGAGUAGACCAUCCGAGAGGCGCCGCGAAUUGGUGUUCAUGAUGGAUAAUGAGAAUUUAGCAGACAAAUUCCUUCGCAGCUAG